ACCAGCCCUUCGGUCGGUACGGCGCCUCGGCCCGCGCGCACACGCGAAGGUCAUGAACGUCUGCCGUGUCCCCCGACAGGAAGACGAUGGCGCCGACCAACCCGUCGCCCGUGGGCCCCCGGAAGAUCACGGCGUACGACCGGGAGCGCUUCCAGGGCAAGCGCGUGGAGUUCACGGCCAGCUGCCAGAACGUCACGGAGUGCGGCCUGGACGACAUCCGCUCCCUCAAGGUGGAGCGCGGCGCCUGGGUGGGCUACGAGCACUCCGGCUUCUGCGGCCAGCAGUUCGUCCUGGAGAAAGGAGACUACCCGCGCUUCGAGGCCUACGGCGGCAGCAACUCUUACCGCGUCGAGAGGAUGAUCUCCUUCAGGCCCAUCUCCUGCGCUAACCACGAGGACGCUCGCAUGACCAUCUACGAGAUGGAGAACACGACGGGUCGGCAGUUGGAGCUGUCCGACGACUACCCCUCCCUGCGGGCCGUGGGCUGGUUGAACAACCGGGUCGGAUCCCUGCACGUCCAGAGCGGCGCGUUCGUGUGCUACCAGUACCCGGGCUACCGAGGCCAGCGGUACGUCGUGGAGGCGGACUGCCGCGGAGGCGAGUACAAAUCCUACCGGGAGUUUGGAUCCCGUGCUCAGAGCCCCCAGAUCCAGUCCAUCAGGAGGAUCCAGCACUGA